AUGGCUGUAUCCCUGCCGCUUCUAUUAUUGUCUAGUUUCCUGCUUGUUCCUCUAGUUCUGGUCGUACUGAGACAACCUCUAUGGGUUCGACGACGUGGCCUGCCGCUACCCCCAGGGCCACCCGCUCAUGCCCUCUUUGGCCACCUCCGCGUGGUUCCAACCCUCAACCCGGAGUGGAAGUUCGCAGAAUGGUCCAAGAAAUAUCAAUCAGAUGUCCUGUAUUUCGAUAUGCUGGUACAGAAGAUGGUCAUAUUGAACAGUGCGCAAGCCGCAAUGGAUCUCUUGGACAAGCGUGGUGCAAACUUUAGCGAUCGCCCACGGUUCGUUCUAUUCGAAGUCAUGGGAUGGCGUCGUACAAUGGCCUUCAUGCCGUGGGGACCUCUAUUCCGUCUUCAUCGCAAGAUACUGCAAAGUAACCUGCAAAAAAGCAGCAUUGUACAAUACCAGGCAAUGCAGGAGAGGGAAACACGAACCCUUCUUAUGGGAGUUUCCAAACAGCCUGAGAAUUGGGAAAUUCUGCUGAGACGAUUUGCAACAGCGGUUGUGCUUAGCAUCGGGUUCGGCGUGGAACUCACCAGCGAUAAAGGAGAUUAUAUGCAGAUGGCGGAAGAUGCUUCGUACGCAUUGGGCCAUGGUGGACCUCCUGCUGGUACUCUGGUCGACUUUUUUCCCCUGGUCAGACAUCUGCCAGACUGGCUUGUUAGGAAUAACUCCUUAAAAUUUGCACGAAAAUGGAACCCGGCUGUUCGACGACUGCAUGAUCUUCCAUACAAUAACCUUCUAUCAUCUGGCAAAAGGGCUCUGUGUCUUAUCCAGACACUGCUGGAUCAACGGGAAGCAGAAUGUAAGGACGGCACAGAUACCGGAUUGACUGUCGAUGAUAUCAAGGGUGUCGCUGUUGCCGUUUUCGCAGCCGGGCAAGACACAACUUGGGCCUCAUUAAUGGUCUUUAUUUUUAACAUGGUCAUGAAUCCCGAGAUUCAGGAGAAAGCGAGGGGAUUGCUUGAUGAGGUUAUCGGACACGAGCGUCUUCCAACAUUUAAGGACAAAUCAAGGGUCCCUUAUAUGGACUAUAUCAUUCAAGAGACACUGCGUUGGUGUCCAGUCAGUCCUCUAGGACUUCCGCAUCGCAGCAUGGAAGACGACACCUAUAAUGGCAUGUUUAUCCCCAGGGGGACGCUGAUUUACGCAAACGCGCGAGCCAUGACCCAUGAUAAGCAUGUAUAUCAGAACCCCGACAAGUUUGAGCCGGAACGUUACAUCCCUAAGGAAGACGGAGGUCGCGGUGAGCCAUAUCCAAAGGGUCAGUUUGGGUUCGGCAGGAGGAUUUGCGUUGGACAACAUUUGGCUGAGGCAAGCAUGUGGAUUGUUGCAGUCUCCUUGCUAGCCACGUAUGACAUUAAGAAAGCUUUAGAUCCGGACGGUAAAGAGAUUGUGCCGGAACUCAAGCUCAGCAAUGGGCUUACAAGUCAUCCAGAGGGCUUCCCGUGUAGGCUGGUGCCAAGAGCAGAUCGCGCUCGUUUCUUUGGUGACUUGAGUCGGAAUGAGAUGUAG